AUGGUUGAGAUAAAGACGUGUUGGUUCCUUGUUCUUUGUGUGUCUUCCAUCGGACAAGGGUCCUCUGAUGGUGGCUCAACGAGCACCGUGAACAGGGAAAACGAUGGCCGUUCUGUAAUUGAGGCCGCCGCAGCCGGUGAGGACCCAGAUUCCGUAUGGACCGUACCUGAGGAUUAUGAUAAUAGAACGAGGCCGGGGACUCCCGGGACACUUCUGGACGUGAACUGUUCUGCAUUCAUCACAAAACUGGGACCUUUCUCGGACAGGAUUAUGACGUUUGUAAUCUCAUUUGUGCUACAAUGCUGGUGGAAGGACGACAGACUUCCAUACCACAAAGUCAUGGUUGACGAGUCAAAAAUGAAGAUUUGGAGACCACUCAUAUCACCAAUGAUACACGCAGAUGUUUUGAAAGAUGAAGAGAUGAUUUAUCCCGUUGUUUACCCAGGAAGGAUCGUAUACAUGACAAAACUCUACGACAUGAGAGUCCCGUGUCAGAUGCACCUUUACACCUACCCUCACGAUCGGCAAAUGUGUGGUUUAGAUAUGAGCUUCGUUGGUGGGUUGAAGGUAGGCUGGGGCUUCUCGCCGUACAUGCAGACCAAGUCUCCCGUUGCCAUCUCUAUGACGAAUGUCCGAUCUGCGUUCCAAAUAGACCAUGUCGACUACAUCAGCUACACGCUCAAUGUGCAAAGCUAUCGAGAUACCUGCAUUUAUCAAAGUGGUACCUGUGACUACUCUGGCUAUGCAGACUGUAUCAAGAUGGGGAUCAAAUGUUUCAAAGCGGAGAACCUGAACACCACUGCGUGCAUCAAUUGCCUCCAGUUCGGAGGUCGCUGCGAGAAACAUCCGCCAAAACAGGACUGCUCGCCAUUUCUGAACAAAGUCAAUCUUGUUGGGGAUUUCCACACAACGUUGGAGUUUCGAUUUGCUCUGUCCCGUCGUCUGAGCUACCAGAUCCUCCACACCUACGUGCCGUCGUUCUGUGUGGUGGCGAUUUCUUGGGUUUCGUUCUGGCUUGACCCAGCGUCUGCUCCUGCCAGAACUAGCCUGGGAGUAACAACUGUCCUUACCAUGGUCACACUGAGCACCAAAGUCGGGGCAACACCACAGCAUAACUACGUCCGGGCCAUCGACGUCUGGAUGCUCAGUUGUAAGCUCUUUGUGGUGCUCGCCUUGCUGGAGUACGCCUUCGUCAACUUUGCAGCGAGACAAGCGUCUAAAGCUGCAAAAAGCCCAGAGGAGACCGAUGCUGAAGUGGAUAAAAGUUUCGUUCCUAACGAAGACAGCCUGGACGACGAAAAUAAUGGCAUCGAGCUGCCAAAGAUAAGUUUCACGAUCACGGGAUACAGCAUGGCGAAGAAACUGGAUUACGUUUCACGAUUCCUGUUCCCAACAUUCUACAUAGCCUUCGUGGCAACUUACUUUGGCGUCCUAUCGUAUUCUGAGGAGUGAAUUGCAAUGAUGAAAACCUGUUAGAGGACGGACUGCAAUUGUACCACAAUGUAGCACAAUGCUUUGAAACUAUACAAGCUACUCGUGUUUGAGACCGACACUUCAGUUGGAUGUUUCAGAUGGACAUUUUAGCCGAUUAAUAUGGUCCUGCUGUGAACAAAGUGUCCAUGGACGCGUAACGAGUUGUCGUUGAUGCAAUGAAUAAUAGAAUAAUGACGGGCUGAAAAUUGUGUUUAGCUAAGGCGAUCUUUGCGCAUUGCAAGUUGUUGUGCACCGACGUCAGAGAGUGCAAGUUAGGACCAGAAAAGUACAUGUCCGUAAGCAAUAUAUGGUUUUCCCCGGUACCUACAAUGGACUGAUGUUAAUCAAUGUAUUCUUAAGUUAAGACGCAUAAUGAACUAUUAUCUCGUUCGAGAUUGUGCAACUCUCUCUUAAUGACUACAUUUGGAUGCAUUGUACGGCAGGUAUCAAACAUCUGACAAUCAUUGAACCUAUAUAUAGAGGUAGACUAUGAUUAGCUUGAGAUGUUCCAAGAAUAUGCCGGAGUGUUCAUUAUAAUAUAAAUUCUAUCCAAUGCCUAUGUGUCUUAUGAGGCCAGUGAAUCCUAUACUAUGCCAUAUGCAGAGGGCUUAUUAAUAUUAUAUAAAGACGUGGCCUAUCUGGCUUACAAGGUCGACUUGCCAUCGACCUCUUGAGGUAAUAAUGCUUAUUCGUACACUACUGUAACUGUUGCAGACACAACGAAAAGGGUUAGGGUUUGUACAUGUACGUAGUUAUCAUGUAGAUUGUAGAGGUAGAGGAAAAUUUUGAAAUGCCUCAUUCUCAUCGAUGUUGAGGUUGGAAACGGUAUGGACGAAGUAGGUUUUGUAUGAAGACUCCUCUGAAAAAUGUAUGGACGAAAUAUGAGGUUCACGUUUUUUUUUACAGUACAUUCGAUGCCAGUUGUCCGGUCGCCCAUUAUAUAAUCGUUUCUGCGUGUAUAUACAGUAACAUUCGUAUGCAAUCUUAAAUUGAACUAUAUGACUGGUAUAUAUGCAAUCUGUCGCAAAGUGAAUGACUUUGCAGAAUACCGGAAAGGCAAGGGACAUCAAUGCAUCUUUCAAGUGAUUUGUUAAACUGCAUGUCUUCCUAUAUGCCCACACAUAUAUCAGGUUGACAUCGAUGUAAUGAUACCUAUCUAAUAUACUCAGUUUAAGCAUGCAGCACAGAAGAGAAUAAAAUACAUAAAUGCAUGGAUUGAAUACUUUUGUAAACUUAAGAUAUCCUCACAUAGAAAGCUGAAUUGUGGUGUAUUUGACGCACAAGAAAUCAAUAAAAUUUUAAUGGCCCUAAACU